ACGCGGAAGUAGUAUAAACAAAUAAGAAGCGGUGGUCUCAUCCGGGAACUUUGUCUGUACAAUCCCUAACUAUCUGGGUGGGUUGUUUUUUUUUUGUUUGUUUUUUUGUUUUUUUGUUUUUUUCUUUUUUUUUUAAUCGUCUUCCUUAGCGAUAUAACGACGAAUUAAACAUCUAGUUUUUGUCCUUGUAAAAAUUUAAAACAAUAUCGAAGCGCUAAUGCUAACGGGAAGCUUACACUAACAAUAGCAAUGCGGGUGUUUAUGGGAUGUGUAGUUUUUUCGGCUUUGAGUACACCGUCGUCAGCAAAAACACACACUCUAUCGAAAUGCCGUUAGAACAGUGUAUACGAUGGCAAAUCGGCGAUUGAAUAUCUAACACAAGAUGUAAAGCAAACAAAAAUGCCUUUUUAAAAAGUUAGUUUACCAAAACUAAUGUAGCAAUCGCGUUUGGCAGCUGUGUGACGUCACGUCGAAGGCGUCCUGUUGAGCACUACGAUUCCCAUAAUCCUUCAGGGGACACGUGACUGUCUCAUGCCACACUGUCAGCUGCACCGCGGUGGAGAAAACCGGCAGAUGGAAUUCAGUGUUGUUUACGCUUCGGAGUCGAGUCACAGGUGCAGAGAUGUGUCCAGAGACGGAGAAGCUCACUGGCCUGAUCGCAGCUACGUUCACGCCGCUCACUCCACAAGGUGAGCUGAACCUGGCGGUGAUCGGACCGUACGUCGACUACCUGCUGGAGAAGCAGAGCGUGCACAGUGUCUUCGUGAACGGGACGACGGGUGAAGGCUGCUCUCUAACCGUGCAGGAACGGAAGCAGCUGGCGGAGGAAUGGUGCCGUCAGGGCAAAGGGAAACUGGACCGGGUCAUCAUUCACGUCGGCUGCCUGAGCGUAAAAGAAUCUCAAGAACUGGCACGUCACGCCGCGUCGGUAGGAGCCGACGCCAUCGCAGUCAUCUCGCCGUUUUUCUUCAAACCCAGUAAUGCAGAGGCGUUACGGAUGUUUCUGAAGGAAGUGGGUUCGGCAGCUCCACAGCUUCCUCUCUACUAUUAUCACUUACCCAGCAUGACUGGAGUGAAGCUGAACGUGAGUGAGGUUCUGGAGGGCAUCGAGAAGCAGAUCCCCUCGUUCAGAGGGGUGAAGUUCAGCGGCGUGGAUUUAAGAGAUCUGGGACGGUGCAUCAAUUACUGCUGUCUUCGCGGUUGGUCCGUCCUCUACGGAGUGGACGAGCAACUGCUGGGAGCCUUGCCGCUGGGAGUCGACGGUGCCGUGGGAAGUACGUACAAUUACGCGGGUAACGUCAUGAACAGGAUGCUGAGUGCGUACGAAAAAGGAGACCUUCUUCUCGCUCAAACCCUCCAGGUUAAGUUGAAGGACACCAUCACGUUCGCAACGAGUCUGGGCUUCGACCUGGCCAUGAACAAGCAGAUGAUGAGUUUGAGUUCCGGCCUGCCGAUGGGUCCUCCGAGGCUGCCUCUGCUUCCGUGGCCUUCUGAUACCAUUCAGGACGUCGUUAAGAAACUCCAGCAGGACAUGGGAGACCUGUCCUAAAUAAAACAACAGCGCUGUGAUAUAUCAGCCACACUAAAUACGCGCAGGUCGUUGGGGUACUACAUGUUUGAUCGAUACUUCAGCGAAAGAAAAAAAAAAGACUAAUCUAGCCAGUAAUACAGGAAUCUACUGUACUUAUCAAGAUGUAGUUUUAUGUAACACUUGAUACGUUUUUAAUAUUUUGUAACAUGUACAUGAAGCAGGCCUCGUGAAAGCCGGAACAGGUUUCUUCCUUUCAUGGAGUUUCAUUGGACACACACUGAGAAAUAAACGAUAACAAAUUCGCCAGCGAGGAAGAAAGAUACAAACUGCGAGUGAGAAAUGUGUGCUCGGUGAUUUCCCACAGGCGCGAGGUACAUCCGCUCGUCCUGGUUUCUUUGAUCGAUACACACGAGUACUCUCUUAUAUCUUCUACGUUAAUUAUACAUGACUCGAUUAUACUUUGAUUCAAAACAUUCCAUACAUCAAUCGCAACAUAAUCCUGUGCUUAAUGUGUUUAAAUGCCGGUUGAAGGUUAAGUCGCUCUCUUCGUGGUUGAAAUACGUUUCGAAGUCAUUAUUACGCCUUUUCUGGGUUAAAACAUUUCUUAACGCUUUGACUGAUUGAUUAUUUUAACUCUUGAUCCAACGGAUUAUAUCGUAAUCACGUUUCAAACCAACGUCUGAUCAGAGAAGUUCUUCGACAUGAGGCGUAAACACUGAUGGGGAGAACAGCAAGGUUACACACAUUUUAUUAGUACUGUAUUAGCUUGAAAUGGUUGCUGUUUUUAUAUUUCACACAGAUAUCAGAUAUAAACUAAUAUACAGUAUAUACUACUCAAUCGUUUAGUAAAUCAUGUAACACGUCUGUUUUCUCAACUGCUAUUAACCCUCACUGAUAAAAUGACUCCAGCUCCGUACAUCCAUCCAUCUUCUAUACCGCUUUAUCCUUUUCAGGGUCACGGGGAAACCUGGAGUCUAUCCCAGGGAGCAUCGGGUACGAGGCGGGGUACACCCUGGACAGGGUGCUAAUCCAUCGCAGGGCACGAUCACAUACACACUCACACACCCGUUCAUACACUACGGACACUUUGGACACUCCAAUCAGCCUACCAUGCAUGUCUUUGGACAGGGGGAGGAAACCGGAGUACCCGGAGGAAACCCCCGCAGCACGGAGAUAAUCUUAUUUUUAUUAUAAGUUUUGGUGGGGGUUCGUGUUUUGGGGGGUUUUUUGGGUUGGUUUUUGUAUUUUACUUGUAGGUUUGUAAAUUAAGGAUGUGCCUUCUGUGUAAUUUUGGGGGAGAGGGGGGUAUGGAACAGUCAUUAAUAUGGCGUAAUGAAAUAUCAUCCUCGACUUCAGUUAAACGGUUAUUCUGAAUUCCAGCUCGGUAAUUCACCUCGCAGUCCUGACUGCUGACACAAUUCAGCACUUUUUUCAGAUCAGAUGCGGAUUGGGAUCUCUAAAUCUCAGACUGACUGCCAGUGCAGUGAUGAUUGACAGUGAAUCUGUGUGUAUCGUCUCCAUAUAACCGGGUUUAUUUAGUGUACUGUACCUGUUGCGUAUAUUCCUUUCUCACUAGGAGAUAAAAUACUUCUGAUCACUGUUAACGUGUUUAUACAAAUGUCGUUUCAUUUCAGUAUAAUAAAUGAAAAUUUAUUUUAUACAAUUGUAUAAAAAAAAUAAAUCAAAUAUAACGCUUCUGUCAUAAAUUCCUGGAAGUGAAAUAAUGCACACUAAUAAUAAUAAUAAGAAGAAGAAGAAGAAAAGUAUAUCUGCUUACAGAGGUCUUUUCAUUGUUUAUUUAUUUACUUAUUUAUUCUAAGUCUAUCUAUUUCUUGAUUGUGUUCUCGUAAAGCGCAGUAUCUUAAAUAUCUCCUAGCACAAACUCCUCACUGGAAUAAAGUUGGUGUGACGUCGGACGUUCGAUAUUCGCGCGUACGCGGAAGUUAACGGACCGUCUCUAAAGUUACAUACGACAUUGUUAUACACGUUUCUAACUUCAGUAGCAUCUGAAGGGAAUGACUUACGGUCAUAUAACCGACCGUAGAGUGUUCGUCUAGGUGUCAGCUAUAAUGCACACCUCUCAGAUUUUUGAUAUUGAACAAAAUAAACUAUUAAAUCAUAUGUAAAUUUGAUAUGAAUUUCACUACCGAAUGGGCGCCCAUUGUAAUGUCCGUUGUAAACAAAGUCUCCAUAGUCGCCACCGCAGCGCCAUCUGCAGGCGAGAUCAUGACAGCACACACACAUAUAUAUAUGUAUGAAUAUAUAUAUACAUAUAUAAAUUAUUUCAUUAAUAGGACAUCUAUUUUUUGAAGAAAACCAUUCAAUCCAGUACGGGUCAUUCUGACCCCCUUUAUGCAUUCGUGAAGUUUUUUUGGUUCAUGCAUUGUAGGGUUAAAUAUCAAAAAUCUUAAGAGUCGUGCGUCAUACCUGACACCCAGUCGAAUACUUUACAGUAGGUUGUGUGACUGUACAUCAUUCCCUUCAAACGCUAUUGAGCUUUAAACCAUGGUAUAUUCUGUGUAUGAGCCCAUGCAGUAAUAAAAUACAUGGCAAUUUUUAUAUAUGAUUUAAUAGUUUAAUUUGUUCAAUAUCAAAAAUCUGAGAGGUGUGCAUUAUAGCCGACACCUAGACGAACACUCUACGGUCGGUUAUAUGACCGUAAGUCAUCCCCUUCAGAUGCUACUGAAGUUAGAAACGUGUAUAACAAUGUCGUAUGUAACUUUAGAGACGGUCCGUUAAUUUCCGCGUCUGCGCGAAUAUCGAACGUCCGACGACACACCAACUUUAUUCCAGUGAACUCCUCUGUAAAUACGAUUAACUUUUCAUGUCGGUUAUAUAAACAGUGAAGCCAGUUCUCGGAAAUGUUAAAAAGCACUUAACGUCUAUACGAACAUGAUUUACAGAUGGAAAAUCGUUUAAACGGACAUUUAAAAGAAAAGAACAAAAAAAAAAAAAAGUUGGAAGUACUCAUUGGAAGUACUUUGUUUUUCACUGAAGCGUUAUCGGUCCUGAAGGCUUCAUCACUUUCGGUAGAAAUGUCUGCCAAAUGAACAUGCCAAAUGAAAUGUCUGCCAAAUGAACAAACAUGACGCUUUAUUUACUUCUUCUAGACGUUCGUGAUAAAUUGUGUGUCUGAAAACCUUCAUAAACACUCUCUCUAUCUCUCUCUCUCUCGAUUCCAUCCCACAGGGGGAAUAAUUCUGCAGACUGUGAAAUUUCCUGAGUUUGGGAUCAAGUUCAAGUAUUCGAUUUGGAAAAACCUAGAAGCUUUCUACUCUGACUUUUCCAAACGUCAAGCCAAUUUAAAGAUGUUUCUGAUUUGGAUGACUGAGAGAGCGAGAUAAAGUGAGAGAGAGACACACACACACACACACACACACACACAGUAUCUAGAAGGUGGAGUGUGUUUUGACCAAUGAGCUACAGAAACACACACAAACGCACAGUUUCCUUCUCGUAGUCAGGUCGGUUAGUCGGUUUUAGACUGAAACGCAGUGUAAAUUACUCUGUGAGCUCCGUUUUAGUGCUCGUGUUGUGGCAGCACUAUGGUCUCGAGUGUUUUGUGGAUCUCGGCUGCGACGCUGGCGUUUCUGUGCCUCACGGAGCCAGGUUCUGGGUAUGUGUUGCUGUAUGAAGGAGAAAAAUGUGGAGAACACAUCCAGAGCGGGUGCGAAUCCGGUCUCAUCUGCCUGCCUGACACUCCCACGCCCGAUUUAUUCAACGCAGAAGGAGUGUGCACCAGGGUUCCGGGUUGUAACUGCUCCGAGUUCCAGUGUUUGCCGCGGCAAGGCUGUCGAGGCCAUCAGGUGAUCGAUCCGUGCGGGUGUUGUACACACUGCGCCAAGACUAAGGGGCAGGUGUGUGGCGGGCCGAGCUGGAAAUACGGUAACUGUGAACCGAAUUUGGUUUGCGCUCUUGUCGUGGGGCUCGAUUCGGCCAGACCUCCACAGAUGGGCGUGUGCAAAGCGAUACCAAAUCAUCUAAAAAAAAUCUUCCCCGUUCCUCUUUGUCCCGUUCAAACCGGUUGCAACGUGCACGUUGGGAAUUGUGACUGUUAUUCAGACCAGGCCUGUGACGCAUCGUUCAGUUACAGCUCCUACGAAGCCUGCUAUAAAAUACUAAUGGCUUCCUUGAUGUUUGACUAUUAUACCAACGAUAUGGAAUCGCCUCCCAAACCAGAGGUACCUGCAUAUGUGUGUAAGGAGUGGAGCUGUGAGGUUCAGGCCUGCGAGUGUGUGUGUCAAUAUAGAAAAUGUGACCACAGGACAGCUCCACUUAACGGGGCCGCCUGCUGUGACGUACUGAAGGAAUCUGGGUGCCGUAAUAUGUCGUGUCCUGGGACUCCCACUCUGGCUUGUCCGGCAGACUCCUUCAUUAGUGAGCCCCACAGCGAACCCGGUCACUGCUGCCCUGUUGUGCCUGCUAUGUGCACCUGCGACUUCCAGACCUGCGCUCCAAAACCCACAUACUGCCCUAACCGCGGACUUCCCCAACUCGUCGCGAAUGGAAACGGCCACCCGGGGACCUGCUGCGACCGCUACGAGUGUGUGAAAGAAGGAGAUUAAUUAGGAUACGCACUCCACACACACACACACACACACACACACACUCUCUCUUUACUUUACGAGACCUAUAGCAGCUUAUUGCUCUAAGCUUUGUAUUCAUGCCUUAAAAAGUCGAAUCAUUUAUCGUGAUGUAUUAAACCAGACCUGUUAUACAAUUCAUUAAAGGAAAGGGAAAUGCCUUGCAUCAGAAA